AUGAGCACAAGUCAGCAAUCCAACUUCUUAAGACACUUUGCAGGCACACAUGUGGCAGUGGCUUCUCUUGUCGAGGAUAUUAGACAAGAUUAUGAAAACAAAAUGUGGCACAACAUUGCAGAUAAAUUGACUCAACUUGUCAAGAGUGAUCAAUUAGGUGGAGAAGAAUUACUAUCGUUUUAUACAAACUUUAUUUCAUCCUUUGAAUUAAAGAUUAACCACUUAAAAUUGGGUAAAAUUGUGGUAGAGAUUUCAAAGAAGCUUCCUCUCAAUAGCACUCAAGGCUAUCCUUUUGUUGAAACUGUAUUCAAUUCUCUCUCCAAACAAGAUCGUGAAGCUGCUUGUAUUUUAAAGACUGAAAUGGCCAUGUGGAGGUUAAAGGGAUCUGAUUUGACAUCCUGUAAGAGAUUGUUGACUGAAGUGAAAGAGACUAUCAACACAUUGGGUUUUGUUGAUAACUUUGUCAAUGCUUCCUACUAUAAGAUUUAUUCCAAUUACUUGAAACACGUGGAUGAUGCUAAUGAGUUCUACAAGAAUGAACUCUUGUACUUGGCUUACACUCCCAUUGAAGAUAUUUCCUUUGUUGAACAACAAGCCAUUGCAUUCGAUUUGGGAAUUGCAUCUCUUCUCGGAGAUAGCAUUUAUAAUUUUGGAGAAUUUUUACAACAUCCAGUGGUUGAAUCAUUGAAUGGAUCACAAGCGGAUUGGCUCUACAAACUUUUAAUGGCUUUCAAUAAGGGAGAUAUUAGAGGUUAUGAACAAUUAAUUUCAACCUAUGCUCACGAAAUUGAUUCUAGACCUUCCUUGAAAGAAAAGAAGGAUUUUUUGUAUGAAAAGGUUCAAUUAAUGUGUCUCAUGGAAUUGGUGUUCAGUAAGCCAGCAGAUAAUAGAAAUAUUGCCUUUGAAGAAGUUGCUAACGUGACAAGAAAACCAUUAUCGGAAGUUGAACCUCUUCUCUUGAAGGCAUUGGCAUAUGAUUUGAUUCGAGGUGUGAUUGAUGGUGUCAAGCACACUAUUCACGUAUCUUGGGCACAACCAAGAGUGCUUGAUAAGAGUCAAGUAUCCAUCCUGAAGGAUAAAUUAAGUGUAUGGUUGGGAAAGGUUGAUGAGUCUUUAACCUUCUUGAAAAAGCAUGGUUCUGAUGAAGUUGUGACACAAUAA